CGCAGGCUCCGCGUGGCCCUGAGCUGCUAGUCCCCUCGGUGUCUGGGCGCUCCGUUCCUCGUCUCCCCCACCUUCUUCUUCCUGUGCGGUAUACCAUGGAAAACCAGCUAGCUAAAUCAACUGAAGAACGAACAUUUCAGUACCAGGAUUCUCUUCCAUCACUGCCUGUUCCUUCACUUGAAGAAUCCUUAAAAAAAUACCUAGCAUCAGUAAAGCCAUUUGCAAAUGAAGAAGAAUAUAAGAAAACUGAAGAAAUAGUUAAAAAAUUUAAAAAUGGAAUUGGAAGAAAACUGCAGCAGAAAUUACUUCAAAGGGCAGAAGGAAAAAGAAAUUGGCUGGAAGAGUGGUGGCUGAAUGUAGCCUACCUGGAUGUUCGGAUGCCGUCACAGCUGAAUGUCAACUUUGCAGGUCCUUCACCCCAUUUUGAGCACCACUGGCCUCCAAAGGAAGGUGUCCAGUUAGAAAGAGGAAGUAUGAUACUUUGGCAUAACUUGAACUACUGGCAGCUAUUGAGAAAAGAAAAAAUGCCUGUUCAUAAAGUUGGAAAUACUCCUCUAGAUAUGAAUCAGUUCCGCAUGCUGUUUUCUACCUGCAAGGUUCCUGGAAUUACUAGAGAUUUUAUUAUGAAUUAUUUCAGGACUGAGAGCGAGGGGCAUUCCCCAAGCCACGUUGUGGUGUUGUGCCGAGGCCGCGCAUUUGUCUUCGAUGCACUGCACGAAGGUCGUCUGAUCUCGCCGCCGGAGCUGCUCAGACACCUGACGUACAUCCACGAGAAGUGCCACCGAGAGCCCCCUGGCCCUGGAGUUGCUGCACUGACCACAGAGGAGAGAACCCUGUGGGCCAAGGCACGAGAAUAUCUGAUAAGUCUUGAUCCAGAGAACUUGGGUUCAUUAGAAAGAAUUCAGAGCAGUUUAUUCGUGUAUUCCAUGGAGGACAGCAGUGCUCAUGUCACACCGGAAGAUUACUCCCAGAUCCUUGCCAUGGUCCUUACUGGAGAUCCAACAGUACGCUGGGGUGACAAAUCCUAUAACUUGAUUUCCUUUUCUAAUGGAGUCUUUGGCUGUAAUUGUGAUCAUGCUCCUUACGAUGCCAUGGUCAUGGUGAACGUCGCCCACUACGUGGAUGAGAGGAUUUUAGAGACAGAAGGAAAAUGGAAGGGUUCAGAAAAAGUGCAAGAUAUACCACUUCCAGAGGAGCUCGUGUUUACUGUGGAUGAGAAGAUAUUAAAUGACAUCAAGCAAGCGAAAGCCCAGUUUCUUCAAGAGGCAUCUGAUCUGCAAGUCGUAGCACCCGCCUUCACCUCUUUCGGCAAAAAGCUGACCAAGAAGCAGUCGCUGCACCCCGACACAUUCAUUCAGCUUGCGCUGCAGCUGGCCUAUUACAGACUCCAUGGACGCCCUGGCUGUUGCUAUGAGACAGCGAUGACGAGAUGUUUCUAUCAUGGCCGUACAGAAACGAUGCGGUCAUGCACCAUGGAGGCCGUCAGGUGGUGCCAGUCCAUGCAGGAUGCUUCUGCCAGUCUUUUUGAGCAACAGCAGAAGAUGCUGCAGGCUUUUGCAAAGCAUAAUAAACUGAUGAACGAAUGUUCUGCUGGGAAAGGGUUUGACCGUCACCUUUUAGGUCUUUUACUCAUAGCAAAGGAGGAAGGUCUCCCUGUCCCUGAGCUCUUCGUGGACCCGCUGUUCUCCAGAAGUGGAGGAGGUGGGAAUUUUGUUCUCUCGACAAGUCUGGUUGGUUAUUUACGAAUUCAGGGAGUGGUGGUUCCCAUGGUGCACAACGGAUAUGGAUUUUUCUACCACAUCCGAGACGACAGGCUUUUGAGACACUUGUGAAAUCAGUCCUUCAGAAGUUUUAUAAAUGGUCAAACACUACAGAGAAUGUUUAAAUGUUUAAAAACUGUAUUCCAGUAAGGGACACAUUUCCACGAGUCCCCGCAGAAUCCUCCCCCCGCUUCACACACACUCAUCCUGUCCUUCCUUCCACUUUCCGAAACAGCUCUGAAGUCCUCUUUCCUGAGUGUCCUUAGUUGCACCAGUGUGGUUGCCUCGAUGUCCCGAAUCAGUAGACAACAUUUACCUUUAAUGGUCAUUUUGACUUUGGGGAAGAGCCAGAGGUCGAUUGUGCCAGACUGUGCGAAUAAGGUGGCUGAGAGCACACUGUCAUGUUUUUACCGCCCGCCCUUCCCUUGGAUGGCGCCAGCCAGCAGCAUUCACCCUAUUUUGACAACACCUUCUCAAUGCCCUCAGGAAGGAGGGCUCCCAGACUGCUUCAGAAUGUGGCAAGCACCAUGGAUGAGUGUGAUCAAAGCAAGGGGCAGGAGAUCAGGGAGAUCAAUGGCGAUGUGUCUCUUGAAUUUAAACAUUUGUGUGUAUUGGGAUCCUCCUUGGUGUUUGGUCCGUACAAGACACUUCAUGGCUAAGUUCAGAUAAGCUUUGUAAAUAUGUCCAACACUCCGUGUCCAUGGGCUCUGCGUGUGCAGAUUGAAGAGCAUAACGACGGAGAAAUUAGAAUGAGAAGUACAUGACGUGUUUCAGUUAAAUACAGUGUUUUUAAUACUUUCCUUUUAAAAAGAUUUUAUCGUGCGUUUCACUAUUUCAGAAUCAUCAACUCCCAAGAUGGUAUGAUUAGUGCACGGUGAGCUGUGCCAGUGAAUUGUGCCUUCCCAUAGUGUUCAGUUUGUGCCCAUUAAUGUACAAAUUAAAGGUUAAAUGGUAAAGGCUGGAUAAGAGUCUUCUUUUCAUAUAUCAGGCAGAAGUCUAAGAUCAUCCUUAUGGAACAUAAAGGAGCGUUCUCACACUUCCUGAAAAGCAGUGGCUUCUGUGUUGUGUGCAGUGACUGAGUUCCAGCCACACACACCUCAGUACUCUGGCCUACAGGAAAGUCCAUCCCUAAAGAUCUGGGCAGCUCCACUCACUUGUUCAGAAAUCCUCAGUGUGGACUCGGUGCACAGGGUGUCGCUUUAGGGCUUUAGGUGCAAAGGAUGAAAGACAGACAAGAUCUCCUCUCCUACAGAUCGUGUUUUGUACUAGAAAUAAAAGGCAGACAUGGGCUGGGGAUUUGGCUCAGUGGUUUUGCUGCCUGCCUCGACCCUGAACAGUGAGACAGGCUGUGGAGAAGUAGACUGGUUGCCUUGUGACAGAGGUAGUCCGGUGAGCGGUGCUGGUCCAGGGUGGACAGGGGCAGGCUGGGAGGAGCGAGGACAAAGCUGUGACGUUAGAGAACUAACCCCACCGCUAGACAAGAAGGCGGCUCUGACUGCUGCCGCUGUCCAGCCAAGCCAGCACCCUCUCCCUUCCCUCUUAGGCCUUCACAGCAGGGUCCUUCCCUCCAGACCUCUCUACGGAUGAUGCCCUGGUGUGCCUUCUGAAAACUCCUGAAGGGAUGUCACUCUUCUGAGCCCCUCAGCACCUUCCCAUUUCACAGCAAAAUGAAGUUGUCCUGUGAGACCCUGUGCACUCGAGCUCUGGUCGCCUUUAUGACUUACAGCCUUUCCCUCCGCUCUGCUCUGGCCUCAGUGGGCACUGUCGGCCUUGAGUGUUGUGAGCAAGCCUCCUCUAAGGGCAUUGCAGCAAGGAUUCCUCUGCCUGGUCUUCCUUGGAGACAUGUGCAGGGGCCACCACCUUACCUUGCACAGGUGUCUGUACAAAAGCCACUCCUCCGAGAAGCUCUCCAUGACCCUCUGGAAUAGCGCUUCUCUUCCCUCCCUACACCUGAGGCUUUUCUUUAUAGCACUGAUAACUGCCGUGUGUGUGUGUGUGUGUGUGUGUGUGUGUGUGCACGCGCGCGCGUGCAUGUACAUUUAGUGCAUUAUCUGUCUUCCCUCCCUUGGAUAUAAAUAAGCUGCAUGGAAUCAGGUUUGUUAUGUCCCCAACUGUAACAGAGCCUUGUACGAAUGUUGUACUCAGUAAAUGGUUUCGGAAUAACUUUGUUAAGAGAAGUGUGCAGGUCCAGGGGUAGGUAAGACAUUGGUACUCAUAAGGAGGCAGGGAGGCAGGAGAGCUGUCACUAGCAAUCGAGGGGAGCAUGACAGAGGAGUCUGGACUGUUGUUGGCCCCAAGUGCACAUCAGAAUCACCUGGAGAGCUUAAAAGAAAAACAACCACCAAAAAAACCAUCCUGAAGACACUGUUUUGGUUGCUGUGGUAAAUUUAAAUAGAACUUUGUGACAUGGAAAGGAGUUUGGAUUUUCUGCUAGGAAUUAUGGGACUCAUUUUGCAUGUUUUAAGCCCAAAAAUGACUUGUUUUACUUAUGUGUAAGGGAGCCUGGGCUGCUCCAUGGGUAUAAAUCAGAUGUACAGAAAUGUAGUUGAAAUAGAUAAGAGAAAUAAGGAAGUGUCUUAGUCCACUUGCUGACAGACUGAAGCUGGUUACUAUAUAUAGGGAAGAGGGUGACUUUGACUUGCUGAUCGAGCAGCUCAUUUGUUGACAACUUGUAAUAGAGCAAGUGGGCAAAAAGCAAGAUGCAAAACAUGAAGGGCAGCUCCGAUAUCACAGCCCACCCUGUUUUGUCUCCUUUGAUGGGUGCCAGAGGGCAGCAUCAGCCCCUCCUGAGGUCCUAGUCUCUUCUUAAGGUCCCAGUCCUUCCAAUACAGUCACAUGGGACCACACUCCUGGCCUAAUUUGGAGGGCAGAUCGCAUCCAGCCGUGGCAGGAAGGAGGAUGGUGUCUCUUGGCAGGGCUGCUGACGGUUGUGGAAUUGGAGCCAGUAGGGCUUCCUGAGGGAUUGUGAGUUCCAUGGUGCAUUCCCUGGGUGAAGAGACGAGGGGAACCCGUCUGAAGCAGGUAGAGGGAAGCAACCACGAUCUGUGUGGUGUGCAGAGGAGCUCAUGGUCCUUCCCAGAAAGGCUGUUUCCUUAGGAGGCUGGGUGGGCAGUUUUUUGUCUUCUCGCCCAGCAGGUGCGUGUUUGUGAGCCAUCACUACAGACUACC